AUGGAUCUCGCCAGCCUUAUCACUCAACCGGGACCAGAUCCUCUCGCAAUGAGGAUGUCAAGAGCCUCUUACAGCCCCCCUGCGCCUCGCGUGGCUUUGUAUAAGCGCGCACCGGACUCAUACUUCGCUUCCGUGCCGGUCUCUUACUCCCGCGCCCCUCCUUCCCCGCCGGUCGAGGAAAUGCCCCCCAAAUGCUCUCUCCCUUCUAUCUCGACCCUGCUCGAAGGCGCAGAUGGUGCCUCCAUGCAUGCAGCUAAGCGUGCAAGAGUUACUCCAGUUCAACGCGAGCUGGACACCCGCCUUCCUUCGCAAUCCUUGGAUGCGAUGAAGGCCAAUGGCCCCCAAAUCGGCCUGCCACCUACGCCUCCAUUGCGUCCUGGUUCAGGGUUCAACAGUGUCAGCCACUCUCCCACCUCAUCGAUCUCCGCCGUCAGUGACGGUGCCGCCGCGAACCGCGCAGAGCCAUACUCCAAGGCGCCGGUGAGACUCCCCAGUCCAUCGGAUCGGUCUUCCAUCUCUAGCCAGGGCUCCGUGGCUCCUGUCUCCGCCGCGCCUUACGUCUCCCCCGCCCCGAGCGUCGCUUCUUACUCCUCUCCCAUUGAGCCCUCGGCCCCCUCAGCCAUCUACUACCAGAGACCGACCUCCUCAUCGUCCACCUACCAGCCGUCCAGCAGCGUGCCUCCCUCCACUGCGCCUCUGCCAACCGCCGCGCACCAACAGAUGAUCUCCCCUGUCACCCCGGCCUGGCAGCAUCACCACUACUUCCCUCCCUCCAGCACGACCCCCUACCAGCAGAACCACGACCGAUACAUCUGCAGAACGUGCCACAAGGCCUUCUCGAGACCUUCCAGUCUCCGCAUCCACUCCCACAGCCACACCGGAGAGAAGCCUUUCCGCUGCACCCACGCGGGUUGUGGCAAAGCCUUCAGCGUGCGGAGCAACAUGAAGCGACACGAACGUGGCUGUCAUACCGGCCGGCCCGUUGCCACCGCCAUGGUAUAA